AUGGUAAAUUUAAUGUCAAAAACUCUCCCAGUGGCAUUCGCGGCUUUGGCAGCGGCACGAGUAUGCCAUGACCUCACCAUCGAGGUCGAAAUCUCAGCGCGGAACGGCGUCUUCAACAUCUCAACGCCCACAACAAACAUAGAUGCAACCAACUUCCUACUAGGCCUCUCAAAACAGGGGAGCAAUUUUACCGCUCAACAUUUGCAGGAUUACGCCACAGUCGGAGGCACAUAUCAACUCGCUUCAACCUACUGCGAGCCCGACUCCGGUCCUGGCCGCGUGCUUCAAAUUCUAACCCAUGGCAUCGGCUUCGACCGCACGUAUUGGGAUUUUCCCGCCAACAACUACAACUACAGCUAUGUCGGCCCUGCGGUCGACUACUACGGUUACUCGACGCUGACCUGGGACCGCCUCGGCAUCGCGCAGUCCUCGCACGGGGAACCAGUCAAUGAAAUCCAGGCCUGGUUAGAAGUAGCCGCAUUGAAAGCGCUUACGGACCAAGUUCGCGCCAAGGCCGUUCCAGGACUGAAGGGCCACCAGUUCGAGAAAGUGGUGCACGUCGGGCACUCUUUCGGGUCAGCACACACGUAUGCGCUGACGGCAAAAUACCCUGACGUCUCGGACGGCAUCAUCUUGACCGGCUUCUCACAGAACGGCUCCUUCUUCGCCGACUUUUUGCUCGGAGGCGCGUUUAUCCAGGCCAACCAGGUUCCCGCUUUGAGUAAUUAUCCCAAGGGGUACUUUGCGCCCGCGUAUGAAGGCGGGGCACACGUCAACUUCUUUGCGCCGGACGACUUUGACCCUGCGAUCUUGACGGCGGCUUACCAGACGGGCAAGCCGGUCACGGUCGGGGAGCUGUUUACUAUUGGUGGAGAGGCAGGGACGCCGAAUACAUUCAAAAAGCCCGUCCUUAUUAUCACCGGAGAACGAGACGUUCCCUUUUGCGGUGGAGACUGCCUUGCAACAGGCCAACCUAGACUGCCUUCGAUUCCCGCGGCGUCUGCUCGGUUCUUCAAGAACACCAGAAAAUUCGAGACAUACAUUGUCCCAGGUGCUGGCCACGGUCUGACUCUCAGCUACUCCCACGCGGAAGUGACUGGGAAGAUGUCGGACUUUCUCUACCAGAACGGCUUGGGUUGCAACUAA